GAAACUAUCAUGCAGCCAUUUUCGCGAGGACGACCAAGUCAGUGACCCUUGGGGGUCAAUAUGAGACCUUGGCGAGGCUCCCCCCAAGUGAAAAGGAUUAUCGCCAGCUCGUGUCCGACGAGACGAUGCUGGCGUGUAAGUUAAUUUCUCCGGGCCAGACUCUGGCCUUGAGGAGACCGCGGACCAUCCUCGCUGCUCGCGAGAUGACGCCCAUUCCCGAGGAGGAGGCCGCGGGCGAGGAUGAGGACGAGGAGGAUGAGGUGCCCCUCGUGCGGCGGAAACGGGCUCUGGAGGUCUCCCAAGAAGUAAAUGUGGAGAGGGCCCAGUCUGGGGCAGCAGCCGGCCCCUCCGGCCAAGGUAAUCCUUAUUUAUUUAGGGAUUUAGAUAGGGCCACUGCAGACUUAAGGCUUGCUAGGUUUAAUCCCAGCCAAAUCGUUCACCGCCACCGAACAGACCUAGACCGCAACAUCACUUUACUCCAAUGUGUUGACCAGCUCGUGAUGCGUAAUGAGAUGGAUUGCCCUAGGGGAACGGUAGUUGUAGACAACACCCUAGCCUUUAGGUCGACCUUCUUUGAGGAGUAUGAAACCAAGCUUAGGUUGUGGCCCUCCCUCCUGGAGGUUGUAGUAGCUCUGGGUCUUAGGUAGUACGUAGAGGAGUCCAGUCCCGAGGCAGAUCCGGACCCAGAGCCUCUUCUAGCUCGCGAAAUCGUUAUCUUAGACUCCCCUGCUGAAGCUCCGGGGCCGGAGGUCGUGACCAUAGAUUCCUCCUCAAGCUCGGAGGGUAGGACCCCUUUCAAUACAUACUUGAGCUUUGUUUUCUUCUUUUUUUUUUUUGCACAAAUAUUUUUACAUGUUUAUCAAUGCUUUGUCUUUGUUUCAAUAGAGAUGUCGCAGGCCGGGGAUGACAACUUGCGGGCCAUGUUGCAGGGGGGAAAUCCUCCCUCCGGGCUCUUGGUAAAGAGGCUCCAGUUGACGAAGAAGGCUGUUGGGACAUCCUCUAAGUCCCCGGUUAAGGGGAAAAUCCUAGGCCCUUCUGCCACUGAAAAGGUGCCUCCACCCCCUCCUGCCGCAGAGAAGAUGGCUCCACCUCCAACGACGAUCUCCCGUCCCUGCUCGGGAAAAGGAGGUGGUCGUUGGGACCUUGCCAACUACGCCCCCCGAGGUGCGCGUCCCGGUCAACCCCCGGGCCUUGGAGAAAAUCCCCGAUGUCUUUCGGGGGACGGUCUACGAGAUUGCGAGCUACACCGUGGACCACUAUUACAACGCCACCCUGAGGGACCUGCGGGAGAUCGAGACGAGGAGUCUUGAGAACGUGAUGGAGUCUUCAUUGGGGAUGACCCUCACGGUAACUUUGGCUCUUCAUCGGAGCAUAUCCCGAUCUAGGGCCAAGCUUGAGGAGAUGAGGAGCGAGCAUCAGACUGCCCUGGCCGCCCUUGCGACAGACCAGAAACAGGAACAGGAUGCCAAAGACACCCUGGCAACCGUGCAGGCUGAGCUGGACGCAUCUCGACCUAAGUUGCUGGAGGCCGAGUCCACCAAGGUCGCCCUGGAUGCCGCGAGGGUGGAACUUGAAGAAGCUAAGGCUGCUCUUGCGGCGGAGAAGGCGACCUCCACCACCUCCAUGGAGAACAUGUUGUACCAUUGUUGGGCCUUCAACCCAGAUGGUGACUUUUCCUUCUUGGGGACGAAAGCGUGGGAGUCCUUCCUGGGGAAGUUCAAAGCUCGCCUCCAACAAGAGGCGCCCUCCGAGUUUGAGGAAACUCCGGCCACAAUUGAGCAGGACGGCGAGGUGGUGACUUCAAUAGAGCGACCCGGCGGGGCCUAGGAAUUUUCUCCUCCUCCUUUAUCG